UCGCAUCCAUCCAAGUUUUCAUUUCAAAUUUCUCUCUCUAUGACCAGAGUAAAUUGUACGGUCUGAUCCGAUCAAGUAACUGAUGACGGAGCUCCUCAAACUGCCAAUCGUUGAUUUAUCUUCGCCGGACCGGUCAUCCACCGCUGCUUCCAUCCGCCAGGCAUGUACGGAACAUGGCUUCUUCUACCUUGUGAAUCAUGGGGUGGAGGAGGAGCUGUUGGAUAAACAUUUAGAGGAGAGCAAGAAGUUUUUCUCACUCCCAUUGGAGGAGAAGAUGAAAUUGGCUCAAAAGGAGAAUCGUGGGUAUACGCCUCUUUAUGGCGAGCUUCUCGAUACAGAUUCUGACGCCAAAGGUGACCCUAAAGAAUAUUAUUACAUUGGUCCUCUUGAAGACGAUUCCAGCCCAGCUAAGUUGAAUCAGUGGCCUUCUCAAGAGAUUCUACCUUCAUGGAGGCCCACAAUGGAGACCUACUACAGAAAAGUCUCAUGUGCUGGUAAAAGGUUGCUUGGUUUGAUUGCCUUGUCAUUGAACUUGGAUGAGAACUUUUUUGAGAAAAUUGGUGGCUUGGAUAAAGCAACAGCAUACCUUCGCCUUUUGCACUAUCCAGGUGAACUAGGAUCCUCUGAUGAAGAAUUAUGUGGGGCUUCAGCUCAUUCAGAUUAUGGAACAAUCACUCUCCUUGCAUCUGAUGGUGUUCCAGGACUUCAGAUCUGCAGGGAAAAAUUUAAGAAACCUUGGGUGUGGGAAGAUGUUCUUCAUCUAAAGGGGGCAUUCAUUGUUAACAUUGGGGACCUUAUGGAGAGGUGGACUAACUGUUUAUUCCGGUCAACACUGCAUAGAGUGAUGCCAGUUGGACAAGAACGUUACUCUGCUGCGUUGUUCUUAGACCCCAAAGAAGAUUGUCUAGUAGAAUGCAUCCAAAGUUGCUGUAGUGAGUCCUGUCCUCCAAGAUAUCCCCCAAUCCAAAGUGGUGACUACUUCAAAGAGCGUUUUAGGCUUACAAUCCGGUCUGAAGGUGAACUUGAAAGUUGAAAGACCACAUGUGGUGGUAAACUUCACUACAAGGAGUGUAGUGAUGGCAUCUUGGUCUGGCUGUGAUCUCAAAAAGUAGCUCUCCAUUUCAAUCUGUUUGUUAUUUGGAAAAAAAAGCAUCAGAAAUUCAGGCGAUCAAUAAAGCAAGGAAAUAUAGAGAUUUUACUCUUCUAAGAGAGUAUGUAAGAAAAAUGAUAUGAUUCAAGUUAGUUAUCUAGUGUUUGUUAAUGAAAAUUCAAUUGUAAUUUCUCCCAGCAAUAAAAAUCAUAUAUUACCUUUUCCAAACUGAUAAA